CGUGGCGAAGCUCUGUUACAGACGAGACAUAGCUAAAGGAGGAGUGUUUCUUCUCUCUACUUCUAGUGCUACAUUGCGACUCGAUUUGACACAAGUCAAAACCUCCGAACGACCUCAAUUCACCACUCCUGACUCCCAACCAAGAACAGAACUGGAUCAUUAGUAUUAUUUAUCACGCCUAAGGAAGCACCAUAGCUGUGUUCUUCUCAUAUAAACACAGUAUCUUAAACAUCAUUAUUAUAUUACUCUUGACGAUUAACAUCCAUCACACGUUAUUAUACUGCUAAACAAUACAUAUCCUUGUCAAUUAAACUUAAAAAUGCCUCAUAUUCGUCAUCAUAAAUCUCUCUUGCAUUACUCGUAGUGGUAUUGUUAGAAUAAUGCUCAGAAGAUCAUAAAUACUGAGUAGAAUUUUCAGUGGCACCAGAAUACGGUUACUGACUUCCACACACAUUAGGUCUGUUGGUCAUUCCACUCAUCCACACACAGAACUAAGGCAUUCCACCAGAUUGUAUUUAUUACGUACUUAUCAUUAUAUUAACACCGAAACUGAAAGUGGGUCACAUAAACCUGGCUACCCGUUAAGGACAGUGUGGAUGUAGCAUACUGCACACCUAAACCUUCAGUACACAAGGAGUCAACCUGGUCGGUACUGCACUCGACCUUCUCCACUUCUCCAGCUUGUGAAUUCAGGUACACCAUUUACACCUGGGUGGCUUGAGAGUGUCCCGGGAUCGAACCAGUGACCCUUAGGACAAAAAAACAAGAACUACAUCCACUCAGCCACUGCAUCCUAUAAUCCUACAACAGGAACUUACUCAAUUUCACACACAAAAACUGUUAAAGAAUCCUCAAGGACUAUUAAUACUAAACCGUAUAUAAUUAUUUAAGUAAUACAUAACAAAUUUAUUAAACUAAAAGAAAUACAUAUUUAUAUAAAACAAACAAAAAACAACAACAAGAGGACCCUAGACAGACAUGGCUGGCUGUCUGUCAACGCUCGCCAAGGGGUUCUGGAAGGUGCUUGACAAGUACCCAGUAACCCGCGGGAUGGUCACUUAUGCCGUGUUGUGGCCGGCGGGGAACCUCCUCCAGCAGGCAGUGGAUGGGUCCCGCACCUCUUAUGACCUGCUGGAGGCCCUACGCUACGGUGUUUACGGCUCCUGCCUCACCGCCCCUCUGCUGUACAAGUGGAUCAAGGUGUUGUGUUACUUCAUACCUGGUACAACACUCCGUCACGCCAUUGCGAAGGGUUACGUGGACCAGCUGGUGUUCGCUCCCUUGAACAUCUCUCAGUUCUACCUGGGCAUGUCGCUGUUGGAGGGCCGCCCGCUAGAGGAGACCGUACAGGAAUGGCAGGACAAGAUGUUACCUACCUGGAUGAUAAGUCUCUCCAUCUGGCCCGUCAUCCAGACUCUCAACUUUAGCAUGGUGCCAGAGAAGAACCGCGUGAUGGCCAUAUCGUGUGGGUCCUUCCUGUGGAUGAUCUUCCUCUCUUACAUGCACCACACCAAGGCGGAGGAGCUGCCUGAAGAACUUACCACGCGUCGGGUUCAUUAUGACUACAAACACGGUCAGAGAGAGGUGUUGGAGUUUCUAGUGGCCGGGCACAAGUUUGAUCACACCGCUGCUGCCAAGGUGUGGAGCGGGUCCGUGUUCCCCGUGACGGCCCACUGCAGCCCCAGCAACACUCAGCCCCAGGGCGAAGAGGUCGUCAAGAAAACUCAGUGACCCCGGCCUCUUCCUUAUUCCCCUCCGCCACGACACAAACACCCAGCCACCUCACCCUUACCAACACUCUCACUCCAACAGUACCCACCUUCACCAACACCCACCUACCCUCACUAUUAUCCGCCCACUCUCAUUAACAACCAUCUACCCUCACCGGCACCCUCCCUCACCAACACCUACCCUCCCUCACCAACACCUACCAUCCCUCACAAACGCCUACCAU